AUGAAGGUUAUCAACGGGAUACAGAGGAUUGGAGCUCAAGCGAUCAUUGGAACCUUCAAUACAGUGGCCACAGCGGUCGCCGAAGCAGAAGCAAGCAUACAGCCAGCUCAGGAACGAUUCGACAGGAAAGCGAUCAAGUUCUGGAGCUUCAAGAGGAGCAUCUCACCUUUCCAGAAGAUGGCCACAGGAUACCAAGACCUACCAGUGGAUAGGCUAGAGACCAUCGAAGCGUUUCCCCAGGCACCGUGGGAAGACCGAAUUCAUACGGUAGUGGAAGAAGGCGGCGAUAGGGCGAGCAGGGCGAGCAAGGCGACCCAGACUGGGUGGGCCAUGAGAGCUGCAAUAGGCAGCUCGGCAAGAAACGGAACCGUGGGCUACGGAAAAGCAGUACUGCUCCCUUUGUCACAUAGGAGAGGCGGCUCCAUGACGACAGGAUCAACCACCGUCGGCCCUAGGACGGAGCAAAACCCGUAUACGGCGGAACUCAUGGCGAUAGCAGCGGUGCUGGAGUCUCUUUCGGAAAGGAUCCGCCAUCGGGCAAUCUAUGUGUUUUCCACCAACGAAGUGGCCAUAGUAGCUGGGAGACCGCGACAACAAUCAGGCCAACAAGAGAUCCGUCGCAUAAACGAGGCAGCCAAGACGCUCGCAAGUAAAGGCAACAAGGUUACACUCUUCUGA